CGGGGGACGGGAACGGGAGGCGGACACGGAGCGCCCCUCUCCCCGGGCGGCACCAACCGCUUCCCCGAGCUUGUGAGCGAGUGUCUCCAGCCCCCAGGGAGACAUCCCUGAAGCUGGAGUGUGGUGAGAGAUUUGUAACCCGCCCCAGCUGACCCCGAUUGUGUCUCGUCCCCCCAUCCCCACGCUUACAGAGUCCGGAUCUCCCAGAUCUAGCCACCGAAGGUAGCGGCCGCUUGGGUCCCAUCAUGGCGUUUCCUGAACCGAAGCCCAAGAAGCCAGAGCUGCCAAAGAAGCUGGUGCAGAAUCUGGAGUGCAAACAGGGAGCGGUCAGGGCAGUGAGGUUUAAUGUGGACGGAAAUUACUGUCUCACCUGCGGAAGCGACAAGUCCCUGAAGCUGUGGAACCCCCACAAAGGGACCCUCCUGAAGACCUACAGUGGCCAUGGCUACGAAGUGUUGGACGCAGCUGGUUCCUUUGAUAACAGCCAGCUCUGCUCCUGCGGGGCUGACAAAACGGUCGUCCUGUGGGACGUAGCCAGUGGGCAGGUGAUCCGCAAGUUCAGAGGUCACGCAGGGAAGGUGAACUGCGUGCAGUUCAACGAGGAGGCCACCGUGAUCCUGUCGGGCUCUAUUGAUUCCAGCGUCCGCUGCUGGGACUGCCGCUCACGCAGACCCGACCCAAUCCAGAUCCUGGACGAAGCCAAGGACGGGGUGUCCAGCCUGAAAGUGUCGGAUUACGAGAUCCUCUCUGGCUCCGUGGAUGGCCGCGUCCGGCGCUACGACCUGCGCGCAGGGGAGCUGUACUCGGAUUACGUUGGAAGUCCUGUCACCAGCGUGUGUUUCAGCAAGGACGGGCAGUGCACGCUGGCUGCCAGCCUGGACUCCACCCUGCGCCUGCUGGACAAGGACACUGGGGAGCUGCUGGGAGAAUACACCGGCCACAAGAACACAGCCUACAAGCUGGAUUGCUGCCUGAGCGAGAAGGACACGCACGUAGCCAGCUGCUCGGAGGACGGGAAGGUGUAUUUCUGGGACCUGGUUGAGGGCUCCCUGACGCUGAGCCUGCCCGUUGGCAGAGGCGUGGUCCAGUCCCUGUCCUUCCACCCCAGCGAGCCCGGCCUGCUCACCACCACCGAGGGGCACGUGCAGUUCUGGAGAGAGGAGUCCCACACGGCAGAGGAGCAGCCACCAGGCUGCUGAGCUGGAGCAUCGGGCAUCCAUCCAUCCAAUCACACACGGACUCAGCCUGGGGGCAGCUGCUUUAUUGAGCCAUGUCUCUGAGUCGGGGCCGGGACUCUACAGACUCUGUGGGGGAGCAGCAGCAGCGAGCCCCAGAGCAAGCCAUGCAGGAGUCAUAGGCCUGCCCAGCACCGAUGUACCAACCAGUGACCCUACAGUCCCCAUCUAACCACCUGGCCCCCCACUAUCACCCUACACUCCAGGGGGCGGCUGGACACAGCCCCAGCUGGCUCAGGGGCCUGGGAGACUUCAGAAGAUACUAGGGGCUAACAUUAACGGGGAGGCACCCCCCACCCCUCCAAGGGCUCUGACCAUCCUCCGUCUGGGACUUU